UCUUCCGGGGCAGAGGUCGCCCCGCCCCUCCCCUCGUCUCCUCCAAGAUGGCGAGCGGCGGCAGCGGGGGGGUUUCAGUGCCUGCGCUGUGGAGUGAAGUGAACCGGUAUGGCCAGAACGGCGACUUCACGCGCGCUCUCAAGACCGUCAAUAAGAUAUUACAGAGCAACAAAGAUGAUGUAACUGCCCUGCAUUGUAAAGUGGUAUGCCUUAUCCAGAAUGGAAGUUUCAAGGAAGCCUUGAAUGUCAUCAAUACUCACACCAAAGUGUUAGCCAAUAACUCUCUCUCCUUUGAAAAGGCAUAUUGCGAGUACAGGCUGAACAGAAUUGAGAAUGCCUUGAAGACAAUAGAAAAUUCCACCCAGCAGACAGACAAACUGAAGGAGCUUUAUGGACAAGUGUUAUACCGUUUGGAACGCUAUGAUGAAUGCUUAGCAGUAUAUAGAGAUCUCGUCCGAAACUCCCAAGAUGAUUAUGAUGAGGAGAGGAAAACAAACCUUUCAGCAGUUGUUGCAGCUCAGAGCAAUUGGGAAAAAGUGGUUCCAGAGAACUUGGGCUUCCAAGAAGGCACGCACGAGCUGUGCUACAACACUGCAUGUGCACUGAUAGGCCAAGGCCAGCUGAACCAAGCCAUGAAAAUCCUGCAAAAAGCUGAAGAUCUUUGCCGCCGUUCAUUAUCAGAAGACGCUGAUGGGACUGAGGAGGACCCACAGGCAGAACUGGCCAUCAUUCAUGGUCAGAUGGCCUAUAUUCUGCAGCUUCAGGGUCGAACAGAGGAGGCUUUGCAACUUUACAAUCAAAUAAUAAAACUAAAACCAACAGAUGUGGGAUUACUAGCUGUAAUUGCAAAUAACAUCAUUACCAUUAACAAGGACCAAAAUGUCUUUGACUCCAAGAAGAAAGUGAAAUUAACCAAUGCGGAAGGAGUAGAGUUUAAGCUUUCCAAGAAACAACUACAAGCUAUAGAGUUUAACAAAGCUUUACUUGCUAUGUAUACAAACCAGGCUGAACAAUGCCGCAGAAUAUCUGCCAGUUUACAGUCCCAGAGUCCUGAGCAUCUCUUACCUGUGUUAAUCCAGGCUGCCCAGCUCUGCCGUGAAAAGCAGCACACAAAAGCAAUCGAGCUACUUCAGGAAUUUUCAGAUCAGCAUCCAGAAAAUGCAGCUGAAAUUAAGCUGACCAUGGCACAGUUGAAAAUUUCUCAAGGUAAUAUUUCUAAAGCAUGUCUAAUAUUGAGAAGCAUACAGGAGUUAAAUCAUAAACCAGGCAUGGUAUCUGCAUUAGUGACCAUGUAUAGUCAUGAAGAAGAUAUUGAUAGUGCCAUUGAGGUCUUCACACAAGCUAUCCAGUGGUAUCAAAGCCAUCAGCCCAAAUCUGCUGCUCAUUUGUCCUUGAUAAGAGAAGCUGCAAACUUCAAACUCAAAUAUGGGCGGAAGAAGGAGGCAAUUAGUGACCUAGAACAGCUAUGGAAACAAAAUCCAAAAGAUAUUCACACCCUUGCACAGCUUAUUUCUGCUUACUCACUUGUAGAUCCAGAGAAAGCCAAAGCUCUUAGUAAACACUUGCCAUCGUCAGAUAGUAUGUCUCUCAAAGUAGAUGUUGAGGCUCUUGAAAAUUCUCCUGGUGCUACAUACAUUCGGAAGAAGGGUGGAAAAGUUACCGGAGAUAGUCAACCAAAGGAACAAGGACAGGGAGAUUUGAAAAAGAAGAAAAAGAAAAAGAAGGGAAAAUUGCCUAAGAAUUACGACCCAAAAGUUACCCCAGAUCCAGAAAGAUGGCUGCCAAUGCGAGAACGUUCUUACUACCGGGGAAGAAAGAAGGGUAAAAAGAAGGAUCAGAUUGGAAAAGGGACCCAGGGAGCAACUGCAGGAGCUUCAUCUGAACUGGAUGCCAGUAAAACUGUGAGCAGCCCACCCACCUCCCCAAGACCUGGCAGUGCAGCAACAGUAUCUGCCUCUACAAGUAACAUCAUACCCCCAAGACACCAGAAACCUGCAGGGGCUCCAGCAACAAAAAAGAAACAGCAACAGAAAAAGAAGAAAGGUGGAAAAGGUGGCUGGUGAUGAGAAUAUUCUUGUUGCAGGCUGUUAUUAAACUAGUCUCAGUGACACUAGGAAUAUAAUAAAGGUAACACAGCAAGAAGCACAGAACUGCUCCCUCUUCAUCUCCAUAUUUUCAUAAAUAAUUUCUUGUGUUUCUAAUAGGGAAACAUCUUCCUCAAAGUCUGCCUAUUGGUUGCCUCAUAGCUUUGUACAGGUUAUGAGGACUGAAAAUAACUGGGCAUUUACCCAUGUUGGUAUCUGUUGUAUCCUUUAUCUGUGUGUGCUGAUUUGAUCUUUUUUCAGUUUCACAAACCUUAUCUAAGGUUUCCCAGGAUUUAAACAGAAACUACUUCUAUUUCAGCUAGAGUCUGAAGAUAAUUGCUUCUGUUCAAGUCCCACUUUAAAUUAUGUCUUAGGAGGCCUUAGGAGACUGAAAGUGGAAUCUUCUGAGCAUUCCAGAAUAUCUGCUUAGAAAUAUCAUGUGAUAAAGAGGGACCUUCUUAAUACACUGAUGUUCUUCGACUAAUUAAAUGAAUGGCCACAAGAAAAAUAAAUGUCUUAAAUAAUUUUAACCAUAAAUUUGAAAUUUUCUGUCAUGUGAUACUGGAAUAUGGGAUACUUUUCUAUUUAUAUAUGGCUCCUUUGUGCCCUAUGUCAUUUUCAGAUUAUGGUAACAUACUGAUUUAGUACCAUGAACAAACUCAAGGAAAAUAUAUCACUGUAAGAAGUUGACUCUUAGACCUGGUGUUCUGAGGUCAGAUGGGUCUGGACUGUCUCAAUCAGAAAGAUUAAUGACUAUUAUCAAGAACAUGAACAUUGGCUUCCUACAUAAAGAGGAAAUCGGUACCUGAGUUGCAUACCAGGCAGUAUUAAAAUCUAACAGAUCUGUUUGGCUCAUUGAUACAUACCCAAAUGGUGUCUCUUUCUAGUUAUGGAAUUUGACCAUUCAUUACCUUUCUCAAUGUAAUGAAGUAUUUUACAGUCAAUUUGUGGUGUAAAUGUUGCUCUUGUCUUUCCUUGCUUACAAGCUACUUUCACAUUGAACAGCUGUGAGACAGAUACAUUGGGAUGCCUGCCCUUGUUAAUAUUCAUUUUAUGCUGCCCAAGAUAUCAUUUAAUUUAGACUUACAAGUAUUUCCUUGUGAUUAUAUUACUCUGUCCUUGUUAAUAAAGUGCUGCUGUGUUUGACUCUGAACAUAUCUACCAAAACUUCUUCAAAGAGUUUUUUAUAAAAGGCUUUCCUCCUUUACAAGAAAGAAAUGGGGUGCUGCCUUUCUGUUUAUUAUAAGCAGAAUCUGCAGUGGCAUCUAAACAAGAGAUCCUUUUUAAAUACAAAUGAUGUAUUGUAGCAUAAUAGUUUUUUGAGCUCUACAGAGAACAAUCUUUUGGUAACAGUGGCAGAUAUUUAUUCCAUCUGAAUAUAUACCCCAUUAUAGGAAUAACUGUAACUUAUUUAGGAUUUCAUCAUUGAAAAUUUUGACCCAAGGCACAGCAGUGAAAUUUACAAUUAUCAAUUUAGUCGUUAUUGGCAGGCAUUGGUAUUAUUAGUCAUUGCUGAGCAACUGAAACUUCAGUUCAAAUAAGUUUUAAUUGUCAAAUGAAGUAUAAACACAUGAACUUUCUACUAAUAUUUCCUUUUGAAUAGGUCUUUAACCAGUGCAUAUAUCUACUUUGUCAUAUAUAUGGAUGUGUAUGUGUACAUUUAUAAAAACCAGUAUGGAUACAUCCAUUCACUGUGGUACAUUUUAAAAUAAAAUAUUUUAGCAGUG